AUGGCAGGCAAUUCACUCCGCAAUAUCAUCGUCAUCGGUGGCUCGUUCAUUGGAACAAACACAGCCCGAGAGCUUGCUCGGGUUUUACCCUCAACACAUAGGGUUCUUUUGACCGAAGCGCACAGUCAUUUCCACCAUCUCUUCACGUUUCCCCGGUUCGCCGUGAUUCCAAGCUAUGAACACAAGGCGUUUAUCCCAUACACCAGCAUCUUCUCGGACGUACCCAAUCCAACCACUCAUGCGGUGGUGCAGGCUCGUGUGACAUCGGUCCAACGUCAACACAUCGAAUUGGAUCGCGACUGGCAGGGCUCAAAGCAGAUCCCGUACGACUUUGUCGUUCUUGCAACAGGGACGCGGCUGUCCAAACCCGCGGCGAUGGAAAAGGAUGACAAGCUCUCCUCUGUCACCUAUCUGCAGCAACACCAAGAGCAGAUUCAGCGAGCAAGCAAGAUUUUGCUUGUCGGCGGGGGCGCGGUCGGCAUCCAAAUGGCCACCGAUCUCAAAGAAUUCUACCCAGAAAAGCACAUCACGCUGGUACAAUCGCGCGCACGCGUCAUGCCUAACUUCCAUCCUCGGCUGCACGAACUGAUCAAGGGACGUUUCGAGGAGCUCGGCAUUAAGCUUAUCACAGACACUCGGGUGCAGAUUCCCCCGGGCGGGUUCCCACAAGAUGGCAGCGCUUUUGAUGUGAAGCUUACCAAUGGCACGACCGAGUCUACCGAGUUUGUCAUUUUGGCUACGGGGCAAACGCCUAAUAACCAGCUCGUUGCGCACUUGGCUUCUUCGCCGAAUGCGCCCUCUGUGAUUAACCCUGACAAUGGGUAUCUCCGUGUCAGGCCUACGCUGCAACUCCUGGAUGAACAGUAUUCCAACAUCUUCGCGGUCGGAGAUAUCGCGGAUACGGGGAACCAGAAGGCUGCUCGACCGGCAUCUUCCCAUGCGUCCGUGGUGGCCAACAACAUCCGAGCUUUGAUAGAAAACCGAGAGCCGGAAGAGACAUUCGUGAAGGCCCCUGCCGGUAUUCACCUCACAUUAGGAAAGUCCUACAAUAUCAAGUUCCGCAAUCCCAACCCAGAAGCAGGCCAGCCAGAGCCUUGGAUAAGCGAAAGUCACAAUGGCCGAGAGGAUAUGAACGUCGAAGCAAUGUGGCAGAGAUUGGGAGUCAACGUCGACGCUGAAGAUCCUCGCCAAUAUCACCUCUAA